UGGUCGAUUCGUGCCUUGCCUGCAAGUCACAUGAUCUUCAGCAAAAUGGCGAGUCAAUCGACAGGAAUCCAGCAACUUCUUGCUGCCGAAAAAAAAGCCGCUGAGAAGGUGGCGGAGGCUAGAAAACGAAAAGCAAGGCGUCUUAAACAAGCAAAGGAAGAAGCAGCUGCAGAGAUCGAUGCAUAUCGCCUCCAAAGGGAAAAGCAGUUCAAGGAACAGGAAGGAAAGGUCAUGGGUUCAGAAGAUGACAUGAAGCAAAGAAUAGACCUUCAGAUGCACGAGAAGCUAGCAGAAUUAAACAACAACGUGGCUAAUAAUAGUGAAAAAAGCCUUGAAAGACUCUUAGCAUUAGUGGGCCAGAUAAAACCAGAGAAGCACAUUAACUUACGAGUCUAAUCUAGUCUAGAUGCAUGACAUGUAUAGCUGUGGAACACAUUGGUGGAUGGUAGAAUUGGGAAUUAUCUUUGAUUGUUAGACACUGUGCGAUAAAACUGUCUAGAAUAUUGCUCUACCAUACAGAGGAAAGGAAACAACACUCUCUUAAAGCUAGAUUUCAAAAGACUUUGGAUUCAUCUAUUGCAGAAGUAUUCAUGUGCACGAUUAUGAACUUUGCAAAAAAUAUUUAGAUUGUUUUGAACUUGCAUUAAUUUGUACUCUUGGCAAUUGAACAUAGUAGUAGUGAGGUCAACUGGAAAUUAGAAACAUUAGAACUCCAUGACAGGUAAAAACAUGGCUGAGGUAUUCUAGAAAAUGAAGACUAUCAAUAUUUAAUUUUGUUUCAUGUACCAGUUGUUCUCAUUAAUAGUUUAGCAUGGAAAUAGCUUAGGUUAAUUGUGGUAUUCGUGACUGUUCUACAUACGAAAUCAGAAAAGGCCUUGUUCUGUUCAAUUUCUUGUAAUUGUCAUGGUGGGCCAUACAAGUCAAUCGGGUACUACUGCAACCCACCCUCUAACAAAAUUGAUGACAAGACCUACAUAUUUAUGAAGAAUAUCUUAACAGGUAAAAGUUUAAUUGUCAAGGGAAGUUUAUAAUAUUCAGCUAAUAAUUGCCUUGUACCACAUCAAUUGCCAGUUAUUAUCAAACUUGACCAUGAUUAUGCACCAGAAUAUUAUUACACAUGCAUCUGAAGCAUGAUUUGAAUUACUGUAUCUGUGCUAAGUGUACAAAUGUAGAAUUGUAGUCUAGUUGAAGGUCAAAUAUGAGGUGGCCUCGUAACCUGGAACAUUCACGCUCUGGGUGUAUGUGGGGGUCUAAUACAUGAUGCACUCAUUUCCAAAAGGUAUUGUUCAUCAAAAUUUGCAAAAAAAGGUUCAUAUGCAGAUACGAUGAGGUUGCAUUUUGAAUAUGACCCCUGGUUUUCAAGCCCAACGUAAUAAUGAUGUACAUGUAUCAGAAUCCAAGAUGUAUUUAUUUCCUCUGUAUAUUGUGUGUUGUAUGUAUGUAAUCCAAGUGGAUAUCUAAUAAAUGUAAGUCAAUAAACAUA